AUGGGAAAGGAAAAGACCCACAUCAACAUCGUGGUCAUUGGCCAUGUCGACUCCGGCAAAUCCACCUCUACCGGCCAUCUGAUCUACAAGUGCGGAGGAAUCGACAAGAGAACCAUCGAGAAGUUCGAGAAGGAAGCCGCCGAGGUGAGUUUUUCGAACGUUUAUCGUCGUAUCUGUAAAACCGUUAGAUUCAAGAUGGCGGCGUCAGCAUGCCUCCUCUCAGCCCCGCUGCCCGGCACGAAUGGAGCAGCCGUGUGCGCGCACGCGGGGUGUGGCUUAACGCCGCCAGUCAGUGAUGGUGACUGAGCAGAUAUUUCACCACGGGCCUGAGGCUACAGUACAAAGACUUGUGAAACACUACAGAAAGCAUAUUAUCAAAGAUGUGGAAAGAAAUUUCUUAUAAAAAAAUACUCGGUUUCAUCAAACACUGACUCAAACUUUUGAAUUUGAUACCACACUACUGUCAAAGUUGACAACACUCAACUGUGUUCAGAAGUUCAAUAUCCCCUUUUAACUUGGUCAAACUGCUACAUUAAAACUUCUCUGAAUACUGUGUAAUGUGUUUUCUAGAAAUUGAACCACAAUCAUGUUUAUCCCUUCUGUAGAUGGGCAAGGGCUCCUUCAAGUACGCCUGGGUGCUGGACAAACUGAAGGCCGAGCGUGAGCGUGGUAUCACCAUCGAUAUCGCUCUGUGGAAGUUUGAGACCAGCAAGUACUACGUGACCAUCAUUGAUGCCCCUGGACACAGAGACUUCAUCAAGAACAUGAUCACUGGAACAUCUCAGGUAUGAGCAGUCAUCAUGAUCACUGGAACCUCAAAGACAAAGUUGGAGAGUGUUUUGGACUUCAACUAAAUGAGUAUUUCUUUUUAGGCUGACUGCGCCGUGCUGAUUGUUGCUGCUGGUGUUGGUGAGUUUGAGGCCGGUAUCUCCAAGAACGGUCAGACCCGUGAGCACGCCCUGCUGGCCUUCACCCUCGGUGUGAAGCAGCUCAUCGUUGGAGUCAACAAGAUGGACUCAACCGAGCCCCCUUACAGCCAGGCCCGUUUUGAGGAAAUCACCAAGGAAGUGAGCACCUACAUCAAGAAGAUCGGAUACAACCCCGCCACAGUUGCCUUUGUCCCCAUCUCUGGAUGGCACGGAGACAACAUGCUGGAGACCAGUGAGAAGGUGAGGCUUGUAUUCAUUUCACCUAAGUGAAACAGGGGUCUGUUUUGAAGGUGAAUAGAUGUCUAACUUAACUUAAAUGUUUCUUUUUAGAUGGGCUGGUUCAAGGGAUGGAAGAUUGAGCGCAAGGAGGGCAAUGCCAGUGGAACCACCCUGCUGGAGGCUCUUGAUGCUAUCCUGCCACCUGCCCGCCCCACCGACAAGCCCCUGCGUCUCCCCCUGCAGGACGUCUACAAAAUUGGAGGUAAGACUUGAGUUCUCAAUGGUCUGUUUGCACAAAGCAUUUCAUAGCAGGUGCUUUUUUGAGUCUCAAAAUAUUAUUUACCGAGCACUGUCUUCUCUUAGGCAUUGGAACUGUCCCCGUCGGCCGUGUUGAGACUGGUGUCCUGAAGCCCGGUAUGGUCGUCACCUUUGCUCCCCCCAUGCUGACCACUGAGGUGAAGUCUGUGGAGAUGCACCACGAGGCUCUGCCAGAAGCUGUGCCCGGUGACAACGUUGGUUUCAACAUCAAGAACGUGUCCGUCAAGGAAAUCCGUCGUGGAUACGUUGCUGGUGACAGCAAGAACGACCCACCCAAGGGAGCUGAAUUCUUCAAUGCUCAGGUUUUGUGUUGAGAUGGUUUCAGCAGAUUUAUACAUCCAUUAAGUUUGAUCAGCAGAGAUCUAACACUGCGUAUUUCCACAGGUCAUCAUCCUGAACCACCCCGGACAGAUCAAUGCAGGUUACGCCCCUGUGCUGGAUUGCCACACCGCUCACAUUGCCUGCAAGUUCAACGAGCUGAUCGAGAAGAUCGAUCGCCGUUCUGGCAAGAAGCUUGAGGACAACCCCAAGUUUGUAAAGUCUGGUGAUGCUGCCAUUGUCAAAAUGACACCACAGAAGCCCAUGGUUGUGGAGUCUUUCUCCAGCUACCCUCCCCUCGGUAUGUUUUAUAGAAAUCUAACACACAUUAUCCUGGCUAUAGAUGCAGUAAACCGUAAAUGCAAGAAGUACACAUGAAUGCUAACUGCUUACCUUGUUCGCUCUCAGGUCGUUUCGCUGUGCGUGACAUGAGGCAGACAGUGGCUGUCGGUGUCAUCAAGUCAGUUGAGACCAAGGAAGUGAGCGGAAAGACAACCAAGGCUGCAGAGAAGGCCCAGAAGAAGAAAUGA